AUGAAAAGAAUAUCAACAACUCAAGCAAUGCGAAAUAUGCAAGAAGCAGGAUCAUUUGGAGUGUUAGAAACAGAGGAUGAUUUAAUAGUUUAUUCUUCUGAUUGUUAUAACUACAAGACCUGCGUUCUGACAGGAUUAAGUGAUAUAUGUUAUUUUGAAGCAGCAUUAUUAAAUAGUGAAGGAGAAGUAAGAAUAGGAUUUGCAGAAGAGAACGUGGAUCUUUUAGGACCAUUGGGAACAGACUGUCAUGGAUUUGCACUGGGUAGUAAAAAUGGAUACGGAUUUUCCAAAUCAAAGAGAAUAAAUUUUGGUGGGAGAUACCGAAAACACGACAUAGUAAGCUGUGAAAUAAUUAGAAAAGAUUCAAAUAAAUUUGUAAAGUUUUACAUAAAUGGAGUGCAUUCAUUUAAAGACUUUGAAGUUCCUAAUAACAUAGUGCUUUAUCCAGCAUUUUCCUUGUAUGGUUUCAGUAACAUAUCUUUAAAUUUUGGACCAUAUUAUGCUUAUAAAGAUUUAAUUGAAAGAAGAGCGAAUGCUGAAAACAAUAAUUAA